UCAGCCGAUCGAGCGAACAGCACGCCGGCGAAUCGAGUCCCAGUAGCUAGCGACGGUGUUUGCUCUCGUCGCAUGGCAACCAUGGCGCUACUGCAACCCAGCUUCAACGGGGCGCUGCUCGACAAGGACGACGACGACGACUCCGCGGGCAGCUACAAGUGCACCAAUGCGGCGGUGGCCAAGAUGAUGCGGCUAUGGAACUACAAGGACGGCUCCGGACUUGGCGCACAAGGCCAAGGCAUCAUCGUCCCAAUACAACCCGCCGUGCGUCGUCGUCGCAGGGCCGGCAUCGGCCACCGCGACAAGCCUUACGACAACGGCCUGCAGGUUGCGCCGCCGCUGUCGCCGGUGGAAGACGACUUAGACGAGUGCCGUGAGUGGGAGGCUGUCGUAGGAGCCCUGCGGCUGGAACGAGAGUGCCACGAGAAGACUCUGACGCUGCUGCGUGAGAUGAAGCUUCAUGGGGACAGCAGCGUGGAGACAGCGGACGCGCUGGCGGCCAUCGUCAAGUCCGGGGAGGUGCUCCAGGGGAAGCGCGCGCUAGGGGCGUGGAAGGCCGCGUUGCCCCCAUCCACCGUGCGCUACAUCGUCGACAAGGUUCUCUCGCCGAGGCUCGCCGUGGAAGCGCAACAGUGGCGCCCGUCGUGGGACCCGGAGUGCGACGAUUGGCUACGCCCCUGGAUCCCUCUGAUCGGCCACCUGCCGGAGAGCCUCUACGACGUCGUGGAGAGCAAGAUCAGCAGCGCCGGCCACGACAUCGUCCGGCCGUGGAAAGACUACUUCGACCCGGCGCACUGGGAACUCUUCGCCAGGCGCCACGUCCUGCCUGAGCUGACACGGCUGAUGCGGGAGCUGAGGAUGACGCCCCCAAAGCAGACGGACAGCUCGUUGCACAUGGCGAUGCUGUGGGCGCCGCUCCUGCACGCCGAAGACGUGCUAUCGAUCUUGGAAGAAACGGAGUUCUUCGACAAAUGGGAGAGCGCGCUGCGCCACUGGCUGCAAUCCGCGAAGCCGUCGUACGGGGAGGCCGUCGCAUGGUGCACCGGCUGGAAGAAGCUCUUCACCCCGGAGCUGCUCGCCGACGAGCACGUGCUCGCGCGUCUGGACGCCGGCGCUGCCAUGGUGGAUCAAGAAACGCAAGACCUCGACAGCCUUCUUGGGUAUAGUUGGUAGUCUACGUUCCACACACAGAUUGCUUGUAAGGUGGUAUAGCCACUCACGAUUAGUAAUGUAAUGGUGAUCAUGCAUCUAUAAUACCAUCUUUACUGUAACUGUGUGACUUCUCGUGGUAGAAUAAUUGUUUCCUCUCAACUCAAGUUAUGUUUUUGAGCAGAGGUUCCCUCAGUUACUAAACAGGAGGGGAAAUCAUGGAGACCGGUUGCAAACAGUCCGUACUUAUAGGAUUUAUUGUCCAAGAAAUGUUGGUGAACGUCCAUGCUGAUCUGAAAUAACAGGCCAAGAAACAUAGUACUACUCUCUCGGAUCGAAAAUAAGUGUCAUCUUUUUAGUUCAAAUUAGGGAGUACUAGAUUUUCAUAGGGUUUUUUUUUGUUUGCGAAAAUGAU